GCGGUGUGUCGGGUUUUACUCGUCGUCCGUUCCGGUUGACGCCGUUAAUGACACAGAACGAACCGCGUUUUGACACAUGACAGUUUGAACCUCGGUGCUAGAACCUUAACGAUUGGAUGAGUGGGCCAUUCGCCUCCCCCUCUGCAGAGGCGGCUGAGAUGAACCGCAUCCAUUAUGAGUUGGAGUACAUGGAGGGAAUCAGCCAGCGCAUGCGAAUCCCUGAGACCCUCAAGGUGGCCUCAGAGAACCAGACAGGGUCUCUGUUACUUCAGUAUCCCCUCCCCAUACACACAACUCUGAUGCAGGUGCCAGAGAGAAUUAUCGUAGCAGGUGAUCAUGGGGACUCUCAAUUUUCUCGUCCACGAGACUUGGACCUGAUCCAAUCUGUCCCUCCCAUGGAUCUUCUGAGCAUGAAGGCCCCCCCACGUAUCCUCACUCUAUCAGAGCAGCCACUGGACUACCUUGAGACUGAACAAACUGCCACUUCACAGAGCAAUCCCGUCCAUGUGGCCCACUUUCAUGCUCGGUCUCGAAGGGAACGCAGUGCCAGUGAGCACGUAUCUGGCCGCCACAGUGGUCAGAUUGUCAGAGGCGAUAUAAGUGUAACCCCUUCCCCUUCUGCCCCCCCAGUCCGGUUGUGUCCCCCCCUUUGUUCUCCUGAGGAUGCUAACAUCAACCUGUUUACGGCUGUGGGGUUCCUGUCUUAUAUCCAGUCAACAACACGCCGGGCAUACCAGCAGGUCCUCGAAGUGCUGGAUGACAACCACCGAAGGACACACUUGGACCUGGCUCUGGAUAUAAACCCUGACGAGUCUGGCUUAAUGGACGCCUCCUCGCUACGACGACAGAUUGUGAAGUUGAAUCGGCGUCUGCAGCUGCUGGAGGAAGAAAACAAAGAACGGUCCAAGCGAGAAGUGAUCCUGUAUUCUGCUACAGUGGCAUUCUGGCUUAUUAACACCUGGAUCUGGCUCCGUCGCUAAGAUUGUGCAAGACUGAGUCUCCCAAAACACUGGAAGCCAAAGCAAUUCCUUGUUUAAAGUGCAACCAUUAAAAUACAGUAUGAUACUUCACUACAUGUAAAGGCAACCACGGGAAACUACAAGAACUUUGGCAAAUGUCCUCCACCACAUCAUCCUCUUUGUUUCUAUUGCAAAUUUUAUAUCUGGAUUUCACUUGGAAAAUUUCAAACAUAGUGCUGUCAAGAUAAGACCUGAGGCAGUAAAACAUAACCACAGUUUUCAAAACUGAGCAUUUACCUUUGUUUGGUAGAUCUUUCAUCUACAAAAUUCACAUUGGCUGGUAUUCACACCUUUACAUCUGACUACAAAUGGGAUUUGGUCGGGUAAAACACCAAUAGAGCUAGAGGUAAAGCUAAAGUUGGCAUAUCUCACAUUCAAAGAUUCGUCUGUGUUUUUAAUUCCUGUAUAAACUGUAAAAACAACUAUCAGGACAAAGCACAAUUACAUUUUUGCUGGAUGUUUGCAAAAUGUUGGCAACUACUUCGAUGUGAUGAGCUGAGUUUUGCCAUGUUGAAGCAAAAACAAACUACAAGUUACCUUGUUUGGCUAAAACUAGCUUCAACACAGGUUUCUGUCUGAGAAAUAUAAUGUGAACUCUGAAUCACUGUCGAAGUUUCAGUCUGAAGUUUCUCCAACUAUCAAAUACUGCACUGAUGUUCUCUCAUGUUUAGGGAAAAAAAUAAAUGUGGUAAAAAGAAUAUGUAUGGGCCAGUUUAAGUAGCAAGUGAGUGCCUCAUAUUAAUCAGCAAGAAUAAAAAAAAAAAACACUGAUGAUUUUUUGUGCAAAAAUAACUGAUUGCAUCUAUUUAAUGCUUGUUGAAUGCACAGCAACUACAUAUGUGACAGCGAUGCCUACCAUCAUUCAUCUUUGAGAGUAAACAAAAUGUGUAAAUGAGGAAACAAGGACUUACUUAAGCAACAAAUGUUUUGGGAACCAAGUUAUGCUUCAAACCUGACGUGUUGUCUGUUUUCAAAUUGAGUUUCAUCAGGUUUUUUCAAAAACAGUGUCAAAGUAAGAAGACUUAAUCUAGAGAUGCCAUAACAUUUACCCUGAAUGUCCUUUGAGCGCUGCAUCACCCAAAACAUUUGUAUAAAGUACUUGAAUAGCCUAUUGUUGUAAAUGUUGUUGUCUGUUUACCACUUUGGCAGUGACUUGCCUAUGGAUUCUGUUAUAAGCUUGAUGAAAUGUCAACAGAAAUACUAAGUGUGGGUACUUAGGGUAUUAUCUGUGCCGUGAUAAUGUUUCCCCAUGCUGUAUCCACAGUUUAAAUUCGUUAUUCCAGAGAAUUUGAAUUUGUUUUCUACUAACCUGACAUUUAUCGACAAGACUAAAAGCAUGUGGUUUUAUUCAUCAUACAGUGUGAUGUAAAUCUUAGAGCUAUUGUCUUUGUGAUCAUGUUAAAUAGAUGGCUAUGUACAUAAAUUAUUGCUGUCAUUAUUUUUCAAUAAUUAAACGAGUGUGUAUUUCAUGGAAGUCUAUUUAUCGCAUAGACAUCAACAAAAUGUUGCAGUAACCAUUUAUUUGUUGUGGGACAUAUUACUUUAAAGCUGGAGUGUUUGACUUUUCUUGUAAUAUAUGAAUACAUUCAUUGUUUGUUAAUAAAUGAUC